CCAUAUCACGGCCUCUGUGCUAAAUUUUUUGUCUUGAAACUAAACACAAAAUCGAAUUUAGUGGAGUGUCGAAAAAAGAGACAAAAAAAAGCUGUAACCUUAUCACGGCUGGAUUAGCCAAGCCAAGCUCGGUACGAUGACUAGCUAGGGUGGAAAUUCGCAUGUGGGUUGACCCCUAGCAUUAGGUUUCAAGCAAAGUGUUGAAGUGAAAGAUGCUUUGUUCUACGACAACAAGCCCGAUCUGCUCAAAUUUUAAUUUUAAUACGCAUAUGCUGUGGUAGAUUGGUGCUUUGAACGCGCGAGUUGUUAAAACAAUUCGUUUGCAAACUGGUCAACGCAACUUCAAUACUAAACAUGGUCGACCCGGCUAAAGAACGGUUUGGCGGAACGGCGCUGGCAACAGGCAUCAGUGUUAUAGCCAUCUUGAUUUCUUUAGUUUGCCUUGUUUAUGUUUUCUUCCUUGCUCCGCCGCAGCCACAGUGCAAUUGUCCGCAAAAUAGAGAGCUCGUCAACUCAAAGAAUGGAACAAUGCAAAAGGAAGACAAGAUGCUCUUUGCUGAAGAGAAAACCUCUACAAAAACACGAUCAGAUGCGGGUAAAACUGUUGGGCAAACGACGGAGGGAAGAAAAGUGAGACUGCGUAGGCAGAAUCGAAAUAAUGUACAAGUCAGUGGCAACACGGCUUUUGGUGGUUACCUGCAUAAUGCUAUUUUACGAUUGCAACAACAAAUGAUUGCCGUGCAGGGAAGAACUCAGUAUUUACAGGAUCAGUACUCGAAGACUGUCAAUCGGGCAACACCCCGUGGGCCUCCGGGUACGCCUGGAAUACCUGGCAGAGACGGAAGUGACGGAAGGCCUGGAAUGGAUGGUCCAACGGGGGUCCCUGGAAGAGAUGGCCCUCCAGGAAAAGAUGGUUAUCCCGGUUCAGCGGGGGCCGCGGGGCCUCCAGGUGUAAAUGGUCUCCCUGGGCAUCGUGGAGAGCGAGGAUUAAAAGGAGAAAGGGGUGAUCUUGGUCCAAUAGGAGCGAGAGGUUUACCUGGAAUGAAGGGAGGAAGAGGAGUUCCCGGAAUACCGGGAGAGGAGGGCGAACCGGGACUUCCUGGUACGGUGGGGAACAAGGGUGAUAAAGGUGAACGUGGGGAGACGACUUGUUAUGUCACGGAGAGGGGGCGGAGGGUGGAGAAAUCGUGCUUCGAGGCUGCAUCUUAUGAAGAAACUAGCCGAGCUCAAAGCAGGGAUGCUGGAGGGGCGCUUACCUAUGUUCGAUGGGGAAGGACCACGUGCCCCGUGGGAGGUGCUACAAUAGUGUACUCAGGGCAAGCUGCAGGUACACGUCAUGACAAAGCUCGUACAGGUGGUUCCCCUAACAUCUGCGUACCCAAUCAGCCCUGGUAUUUCGGUCAAGUGGAUCCCAGUACUCCACUCGGAAACAUAUCCCAGGCGAACCGCGAUGCGAUAAAGCAGGACGAGACACGCAGCAUCCUACACGGCACCUACUUCUACCUGUCAUGUGUGCUGUGCCUGGUCAGGACCCGUAGCGUGCAGAUCAUGCUGCCGGCUCGAAAGGAAUGCUAUCGAGGCUGGCAUCGAGAGUAUGAUGGCUACCUGGUGGUGCAGUCCAACCGGAAGGACCACAAAGACGUCAUCUGCUUGGACCGGCAAUCCAGGAAUCUACUGAAAGAUGCCACAUAUGUCCGAGGGCUUUUUGCAAGUUGUGAGACGUUCUCCUGCCCUCCAUAUGUAGAAACAGAGAGACUCCCUUGUGUCGUUUGCACGAUCUAGAUAUAAUGUUAACUGUAGUGGACAGAUGAAGCCCCUUGGUAUAGCUCUUAAGUG